CCGGGGCCGCCAUCUUGUGGGAGGGCAGAGGCGAAGGGCAGAGCGCGGCGGAGACGGGGCGGCCGAGGACAAGCAGCCAUGGCUGGCCAUGACUCGGGAUCCCAACACCAGUUCACUGGAUUUCAGAAGUACUUCAAUUCCUAUACCAUCAUAGGCAGGAGAAAUUAUGUAAUAGCAACGUACACAGGUGUUGCACUCCUUGUCUUGUAUUUCAAGUUUAGGCCUAAGAAGCAAACACCUGCUGUGACAGCUAAGUAAAAGGUUCCUGGCAUGUCUGAACCUCCAGUCUGUGUCAAUGUAAUUAAUGCAAGCUGAUGACCUGUUGUGGCUAAUAAAAUAUAAAUAAUUACA